UUCAGGGGGAGUCUCACACAGGUCCAGCUCAAGCACGAUGCCGGAAGACCACCUCGUCGACAAGACGACCACUUUCUCCUCCUUCGCGCACAUCCUCGAUGCCCGCAUCCUCCGUGCGCUCGCCGACAUGGGCUUUGCACGCCCAACGCUCGUCCAGACGAAGGCGAUACCCCUUGCGCUCGAGGGCCGCGAUAUCCUCGCGCGCGCACGCACGGGGAGCGGGAAGACGGCUGCGUACGCGAUACCGGUCGUGCAGAAGGUGCUGAAUGCCAAGUCGGCGUGGGCGGCGGGCGACGAGCGGGGACAGCUCACGCGGGUCAUGGUUCUUGUGCCGACGAAGGAGCUGGCGGAGCAGGUUAUGGCGUGUCUGCGCACGCUGGUUGCGUAUUGCGAGAAGAGUGUGGUUUUGGUGAAUGCGGCUUCGGGUUCGGAGACGCAACUUCAGCGUACGAUGAUGGUGGAAAAGCCCGACGUCGUUGUGUCAACGCCCUCCCGUGCGCUGAAGCUUCUGCAAUCCAAGGUUCUGUCACUCUCGUCCCUGGAAUCCCUCGUCAUCGACGAAGCCGACCUCAUCCUUUCCUACGGACACGAUGAGGAUAUACGCCAAAUCUUCAGUGGAGGGUACCUGCCAAAAGUAUACCAGUCCUUCCUCAUGAGCGCAACCAUGACCGACGAUGUUGAAGUACUCAAAGGACUGGCUCUCCGGAAUCCCGCCAUCCUCAAACUCGAGGAGGGUUCAGAUGAAGCUGCGCUCCUCAGCCAGUACUCUGUAAAAUGCUCGGAAGUCGACAAGUUCCUCCUGACGUACGUUAUUCUCAAGCUCAGGCUCAUCAAGGGCAAAUGUAUCCUCUUCGUCAACGAUGUCGACCGCUGCUAUCGUCUCAAGCUCUUCCUCGAGCAGUUUUCCAUAAAGAGCUGCGUGCUCAACUCUGAGCUACCCUUGAACUCGAGAUAUCACACGGUGCAAGAGUUCAACAAGGGCGUGUACGAUUAUAUCAUCGCUACCGACGAGAGCAAUGGCCAGACAGAGCAGGACUCUGAUAGCGAGGAUGAAGAAGGUCCAGCUUCGGUGAAUGUGGAGGAGGAGGGCGACUUCACACCCUCGCAGCGCGAGCCACCGCUGGCAGAGGAGGCAACGCCCGACGAUGAGGCAGAAUCUGAACCCGAACCUGAUGCAGACCCAUCACCCACCUCCAAAUCCAAAAAGCGAAAACGCAGCUCCCCCGAGCCCGAAGCCUCCGCCGCCACCUCCCCACAAUCAUCCUCAAAAUCGCGCAAGCGCAAAAACAAGCGCCACAACCCCGACAAGGAAUACGGCGUCACGCGCGGCGUCGACUUUGUCGACGUUUCGUGCGUGCUCAACUUCGACCUGCCCGCCUCGGCGCGGUCGUAUACGCACCGCGUCGGACGCACCGCGCGUGCGGGGCGCAGCGGCAUGGCGCUCUCGUUCGUCGUUCCCCGCGAGGAGUGGGGCAAGAAUAAGGUCGUCGGGUGCGUGCCGAGCGCGCGGGGGGAUGGGGAGGUGUGGGCGCGGAUCGAGAGGGACCAGGCGGCGCGCGGGAGUAAGGUGCGCGAGUAUAAUUUUGAUAUGAGGCAGGUCGAGGCGUUCCGGUAUCGGAUGGAGGACGCGCUGCGGUCUGUGACGCGGAGCGCGAUCAAGGAGGCGCGGGUGAAGGAGCUGAAGACGGAGAUGCUGAAUUCGGAGAAGUUGAAGGCGCACUUUGAGGAUAAUCCGCUCGAUUUGGAGUAUCUCCGCCACGACAAGCCGCUGCACCCGACGAGGGUCCAGUCGCACAUGAAACACGUUCCAAAGUACCUUCUCCCAAAAAUUGCGCCCGUCACCGACGGCGUCGUCGGCAAUCGUACCGAAGCAGAGGCCUCGGAACAGCAACAGGGCUUCGUGCCGUUCCGCAGGGGCUCGGCGCGGGGACGCGGGAGGGGGCGCGGCGGCCGUGGUGGGAGAGGCGGACGCGGGGGGAAGAAAAAGUCUGAUCCGCUCAAGAAGUUUAGAUAGGACGUUGAACACGCGCGGGCUUUCCCUUGGGUUUCCUUUACUCAGCUGUAUGGAUCUCUCGUGAAGCUUUGAAGUAUCAAAUAGCUGAUAGCCUCGACAAUGAUGCUGCUCAUAAAGCUUGGUCGGGCUGAUAUGAGUUUCAUUGAUAUGAACAACUGUUUU